GGUUUUGCGUUGUUUCAACCUCACCUUGGUUUCAAUACCUCAGUUACACAGCACGCGAAAUUCGAAUUUAUGACUUUUGGUGGAGUCUGAACUUUUGACGAAUCUCACAGUGUGCUUAAAAAUGAAGGUGAAAUCUCACAUGACUGCUUAGUAGAGCAGCAAGCUAGAGGCUUUUGAGCAAGUAAAUUCUAUCCACUAAAGAUAAGUGGCCAUUAUCCAUUUCUCUACCAAUCAUUGUAGCUUCUCGUCUUUAGAAGGCAAAUUGAAGGAGAAGCUUUUGGAAUGGAAGGAGUUCUGCAUUCUUCAACACUAACCCUUCCCAUUACCUGUCAUCAAAUCUCCAAAACCCAGAUCCUGAAAACAGCCAACCACAACCACACACAAAGGCCAAGGCUAAGGAUCUCCACGUUCCCAGCAACACUGGGAACCAAAACUAGCACGAAAUUUUCAACAAUAUUGGCAGCAGCAACGGUUCAGCCUUCGCAGCCUCUCGAUCUAACGGAAGACAACAUUCGACAGGUCUUAGCCGAUGCAAGGGUUGAAUUCGGGCAGCUCUUCGACAUUUCAGUUGGCAUGACAGGACAAGUAGACCUCGCUGAACUUGACGGACCCUUUGUGAAGAUCAGUCUGAAGGGCCGGUUUUGGCACGAACGGAGCGUGGUUCUGGCUAGACUGGCCAAUUAUCUCAAGCAGAGGAUCCCUUUCUGGUUCGAUCUCAGGAAAUUUUAGAGGUUGAUAUAGAAGAUGAGAAGCAAUUGGAUGACAGCCCUGCAAACUUUUAGAGGUACUCACUACAGCUUACCCAAAACAGCAGCAACUCGUACUAUGCCAAAUUACCUUAAAUUUGGUUCCCAGCAGAGGCGGACUAGGCCAGUUGGUUAGGUUUGUGCACGCACACUCCCUGACAACCCAAAGUUUGAAUCUCCUUCCUUGCAAAUUAGAGUAGAUUAGAAUAUCGCUUUUGUCAGUUUAGUUCCCCAAACACUAAAAAGACAGCUUUGGGCAGAAAUCAUAUAUGGUUUUUUUUAUAUAAAUCAACAGUUCUAUCAAAUGUUUCCAAGGAGAGUA